AUGAGCAACCUAUGGACCAUUCCUGACGUCAAGGAAGAGUUGACCCAUUUAGCUGCUUUGCAUCAGAAGAGGCCAGCAAGUCCUGUGGUCCAAGGUAUGGCUGCCACCUGGUGUGGAAAAGUCGAAGCUGUCACCAGCUGGACCAGCCAUGGAAUUUUGGAGUUGAUCAACCAUAUUGACAGUUUGAGCCUUCCAGAUGACAUGAAAGCCAAGCUUCAUGAGUGCUUGGAAAAGUUGACCAUUGGCUCAUCCCAAGCACUUAAGGAGGCCCAUGCUCCAGCCAUAGCUUGGCUGAACAGAGGAGCCCCGCGGCCGACUCAAGCGCCGCCGUCCGAAACAGAGCCGACACAGGAGCCCCGCGGCCAACUCAAGGGCCGCCGUCUGACACAGCCCCUCGGCGGCCGACACAGAAGCCCCGUGGCCGACACAGCCCCUUGUGGCGGCCGACGCAGAAGCCCCGCGGCUGCGAAGCCCUGGAGCCCCGCCGUCCGACACAGGAGCCCCGCGGCCGACUCAAGCGCCGCCGUCCGACACAUCCGACACAGCCCCUCCGCGGCCGACACGGCACUUGGCGCCGGCCGACAAGCACACCCAGCCGAGGCCGAGACGCCCACCCCGCUGGCCGACUCACCGCGGCCGACACAGAGUUGGUUUCAGAAACACAUCUUUGCUAUGGCGGCCUAUUUGCCGUGCUACAAUGGACAUGAGCUACAACACAAGGACUUCGAUCUGAAGGAGCUCAAAGUAGGACUCCGUCGCAACAUGCGCCCAUGGCUUCCGUUUCCGACCACGGCGAGUACACCAGUGAUGCCUCAUUUGACCUCGGUCUCUAUUCCGCCUUCGCCAGGUUCUUUCCGCCCACCAAGCGAGGACAGUGAUGCACGUUUCGAACUGCUUGGGGAGACACUGCAACGCCUCAUCUAUCAGGUGCAGCGUCAGGAAGACAGACAGCUUGCCCAGCACCAGCAGAUUGUGAGGUUUGAGGGCACACUGCAAGGUCUACAAGAGGAUCGUGAAACGAUGGGUUUCUUCACUUCUGCAGCCAGGUUGCAGACUCUUGAGAAGGGCCAAACAGCUGUGGCAGCUGGUGCACAAAGAGCUAUGCAACUUGCAAUGAAGGCUGCAGAAGCGCAACAGACUAUGUCUGAUCGACAAGAUGAAGUGUCAGUUGAAGCUCUCACGUUUUGGCUCCACUUGCUGAGUCCUGUCGCUGGCAAAUCCAUUCGUUUGACUGAUGAGGUCUCUCUCUCCCUGGAAUCGGGACGACUGCGAAUCCCUGCUGUGCUUCAAAGAGGCUUCAUGCAGCCAGUUGUUCAAUGGCUGGCAGACCAGCGGGAAAAAGAAGAGAGAUUGCCCAUACCUGGGAACGUGUCUGGCAGCCUUGAUUUCGCAACGUGGUCAACGAUUCAGUCUGCAGCGCUUCUGGUUGAGCAGCGGUCCACUAUCCUUCGUCCACAGAAUGAAGACAACUUUCUGUCCUUGGCUGAAGGUCGCGAGUCCAACAGCAAGCGUGAUCCAGCUAGUGUCCACAUGGUUUUGUCAGGGACAAUGACCGGAAAGCACAAAGAUCUCCAGAGUGGAAUAGAUGCUAUCGAUUCCCAGGUCCAACCAGGACUGGGUGAACGCCUAUCUGUAGAUUUGAGUGGGCUGAACUACUACCAGGUGGCUCUUGCGUCAACAGAGUGGCGCCUUGGCUUAGCGCUGUCGUCCUGGACAGUGCCUACGAUGCCCCCAAUGCCAUGCCUGCCAGAUGAACAAACUGCUGUGAUUGAAAGUGAGAUGGUCGAAGAUGCUUUUACAAAGGUGGGUCUUCGAGCAGCCAGUGCAUCUGAUCAGCGGCUGUGGCAGGAAAAACUUAGCUGGGAACGUAAAUGUGCCUGCAAGAAGUGGUGUACGCUUGCUUUAAUGAAACUGAGUGCAUGGGCCAUUGGACGGAGUGUGGCAUCGUCGAGCGGCAUGCAGCUAGCUCGUGGAAGCCUCGUGGAGUCGGUGGUCGACGCCCUUGCUGGUAAGGCUACAGCUACGUUGCAUGGACGUGCGGGACCUUUGCUGAAAUAUGCCAAGUUUUGGCGAGAUCGGGGCUUGGACUUCUUUCCAGUACAAGAGGACAUGGUUUACCAGUAUUUAAAAGCACAGUCGAACUGGGCCCCAACUGCACCGAGAUCAUUGUUGAUUUCACUGUCUUUCGCGUUCCAUAUACUGGGACUUUCUGGGGGAGAUGUUGCAUCUAAAUCUGGGCGUAUCAAAGGGGUAUCUGAUGCUCACUACGCCGACAGACGGAAGCUGGUGCAGCGACCUCCUUUGACAGCAGAUCAGAUCCUGAUGCUGGAGAAGACUGUCCAUGAUACUGCACGGACCAGUUAUGACAGGAUUGCAUCAGGGUUCUUUCUGGUGCUCAUCUAUGGGCGCUUGCGGUACAGCGAUGGGCUUCAGCUUGUGGACCUACAGUUGGACAUCAAAGAGACCGAGUUUGGAAUUACAGGUUUCUUGGAAGCCAGGGCAGAAAGAACAAAGACUUCUGUGACUCUGGAGCGAAAAAUCCGGUUUUUACCGGUUGCAAUUCCGGUGGAAGCUUUGAUGGACGUCAGCUGGAUACCGGUGUGGCUUGAGUUGAGGACGAUGACACUGAGUCGGAUACCAGCUCGAGCAGGGGGUCAGCAAGCGAGGAAGAUGCAAACCCGGACGAAGAAGAAACUGCAGUUUCUGAGCUGGUCGGAAAAUGGGCUCCGACAGGAGCUGAGAGAGAAGGCCAACAGUACGCCCGGCACCGAGUUUCGAGAUGCAUUCACUCCAUCUCUGAUGAAAGUGGCCUUACUUUCACAUGUGGCCGAUCAGAUGUCACAAGGAGGGACACCAGUGAAAGAGACACCAACCAAUCAGACAGGUUACAACCAUGAGCAACCGCACAAGAGAGCCAAGACGGGACCAAAAGGCAAGGGGCAAGGAAAGGUCCAAGCUACUCCUUUCCAACGUGUGCCCACCGAACUUCUGAAACUCGGGGCGGUUGGUUCUACUCCUAAGGGCCAUCGGUUGUGCUUUGGCUACAACUUGAAGACAUGCCAAGCUCCAGUGGCGGGGCAGAAGUGCGAGCCCAUGGACGAUGAGCACAAAAGUGAUGACACCGAAGCUGGUGCGGGUCGCAAGCGCCGAUCCGAGCUUGGACAAUGCAGUUCAACAAAGUUGCAAGCAUGUGCGGAGGGAGGUGCGUCGUCCCAUAAGCAAUGGGGAGACGCGCCAAACUUGCAUUCGAGUCAAGCUGACCCGGUGGAUGGUGCUGAAGCAAAGCCCAUGUCGAAGCCAUGGGGCAAUGAUGCAGGUGCAGUGAAUUCGGAUUCAAUUUUUGGGAGCUCUACAGGUUACAAGGACACACCUAUUUUUAUUGAAGCUUGUGCAGGUUGUGGAAUUUUGAGUUCAGUGGUUCAACAAAGAGGAUUUCAAGUGAUCCCCAUUGACUGCCCGAGAAAUCGACACGUGCCAAAGUGUCGGCUGGUUGUUUUAGAUUUGACCUCUGCCUAUGCCGACCAAUUACUGCGGCGCAUUGUGCGCGACCACAAAGUUGCGGGGGUGCACAUUGCACUCCCAUGUGGGACCUGUUCAAAGGCCCGCGGCAUUCCUAUGGCUGAUGGAACACCAGGGCCGCCGCCACUUAGAGACAGCACUCAUUUGCAUGGCUUGCCAGGCCUAACACCGGAUCAACAAUUGAAAGUUACAGCUGCAAAUGAGUUAUAUGCUUGUGCGGAUCAGUUCAUCCAGUUUUUGCAUGAACAGGGAGAUGAGAAUGGUGAAAAGUAUUUGAAGUUGUCUGCCACCAACUUCACCAUCAACCAGUUGAUUUGUGGCAAAGCUGACAGAAAUGCUUCUCUGCCUGGUGGCCCAAAGAUGCAAGAGUUGAAGAAUAUGAGAAAUGAGAAGCUGAAGGAUCCUCCUGUGGAAGAUACUGAUGAAGCUCCUGCAAAAAGGAGGAGAGGGGUGGAAUGUGUGGUGGAGCAGAUGGCAGAUGUGAUGGUGAAGUUGGAGGCCAAGAUGCUCUGUGCUGUAUUCAGAUUCCUUUUGCCAGGCUGCUUGGAAGAGACAACCUCCAGGACAUACAAAAAGAGAGCUGCCAAGGAGGACAAGAAGGAGGACUGA